AUGUCCCCAGAUUCUUCACCUUCAUCUCGGUCAGGCCGGUACCCAGCUGGUUACCUCCUCGAGCAUGGCCUCGGCUCCGAUGGUCGUCCUGACCCCAACGCCAAGGACAUCGUCGAUGGUGGUUCUUACGAGACGUUCUUUACCGAGACUAGCAAUGGCAAAUACCUUUUCCACCCCGAACUGUUGAUCAGCGGCAAGGAGGAUGCUGCCAACAACUACGCUCGUGGCCACUACACCAUUGGCAAGGAGAUGGUCGACAAUGUCAUUGACCGCGUUCGCCGCGUCGCUGGCUUCGAGCCCAACAACCAGAUGGUCGUUUGCGAUCCCCGCAACGGCAAGUACAUGGCCGUCGCCCUCCUCUACCGCGGAGACGUCGUCCCUCGCGACUGCAAUGCUGCCAUUGCCGCCCUCAAGGCCAAGUCCUCCUUCAAUCUCGUCGAGUGGUGCCCCACUGGUUUCAAGCUCGGCAUCAACUACCAGAAGCCCAUGGCCGUCCCCGCUGCCGCCGGUGACGGUGGUCUCGCCUCCGUCGACCGCUCCGUCUCCAUGCUGUCCAACACCACCGCCAUCGCCGAGGCCUGGUCGAGACUGGACCACAAGUUCGAUCUCAUCCGUGAGCGAAACGAAUUUCAUGAAAAAGCUUGUUUCUUUGGCGGUCGUUGGACGGUCGGUUCGGUAGAUUUCUCUAUUGUCGUUCUCGCUGAACGAACAUAG